CCGCCCGCCGCGCUCCGCACCCUCCGCCGCCAUGUCCGGCAGCCCGCACAAGUACUCGGCCUACGUCGACGUCGACGACGGCGCCGGCGAGGCGGCCGCCGCCGACGCGUACCUCGCGCAUCCCAGCGCGCCGGCCGCGUACGGCGAGGCCGACGACGGCGAGGUGCCGCAGCACGAGCAGCACGAUGCCGAGCAGCACGAGCUGGGCGAUGCCGAGCAGCAGCAGCACGACGAGCCCGACGAGGGCGACGAGCAGCAGACGCACGCGCAGCAGCUCGAGGACGAGGAGCUGUACCGCCAGCACCAGGUGCAGGCGCAGGCCGCGCAGCAGCAGCAUGCCAGCCCGUACACCAACGAGGAGAUGGCGCACGUCGCUGCGGCUGCCCAGGCCGCCGCCGCCUCGCACCACGGCUCGGCCAGCGCGCAGAAUGCGGCGGCGCAGGCGGCCAUGAACGCCGCCUUUGCGCACGCGCCGGCCGUGGCAGCAGCGGCAGCGGCCGCUGGCGAGGUGGCUGGGCCCAGCUCUGCCGGCGGCUCGAUCGCUGGCGGCGACGACUACGACCAACAGCAGCAGCACGACGGCUCGCCGCGCAAGGGCACCGGCGGCAGCGCCAAGGGCUCGAAGCGCUCGCGCGUGCACUUCUCCUGCACCGAGUGCCACCGCCGCAAGCAGAAGUGCGACCGCAAGACGCCAUGCAACCACUGCGUGGCGCGCAAGGUGCCGGACCGCUGCAAGAUGUUUCAGCCGGGCGAGGACGCCGACGACGUGGCGAACCGGCUGCAGCGCCUCGAGCGCGACGUGCAGGACGGCUUCGGCCGGCUGGCGCAGAUGCUCGAGCUCGUGCAGCAGGGCCAGGGCUACGUGCAGCAGCCGGCAGUGCAGCAGCAGCAGGCGCAGCAGGCCGUGCCGCAAUACGUGGCUGCGCAGUAUCUGCAGCAGCAGCAGAGCCUGCUGCCGCCGCCGGCCCACGUGCCCGCCGCACGCUACGCGGCCAUCCAGACGCAGCCGGGCCCGUCGAGCGAUGUGGCCGGCGACGAGACGAACGACGGCGGUCGACUGAGCCCCAAGACGGGCACCUUCGCCGCCAACGGCUCGAUGCGCAUCGACACGAUCAUCGACAACCUCUCUGGACAGACCAUUGGCGCGUACAAGGACCCGUACCGCUCCCUAGACGGCCAGAUCUUCUCUGGUGUCACCGUCGACGAGGCGAUGAGCGACAUGGGCGCGAUGCUCAGCGUCUCCUACUCGCUCUGCGCUGCGCUACCGCCGCGCCAUCUGGCCGAGGCGCUGCUGGACCACUGGUACGAGGACCUCAAUUGGCUGCGUCUGCCCAUCGCCCAGGCUUCGACGCGCCGCGAGUUCGACGAGCUCUGGGCCAGCGGGCCGACGUUGACGCCGGCCAACAUCAGCACGUACGCCGUGCUCGUGCUCUUGCUGGCCCUCGCAACGCUCAGCUUCCCGCGCUCCGAGCUGUUCCCCGAGGACCCGCGCAACGUGCGUCUCUCGGCGCGGCGCCUGCACUUUGCCGGCCGGCGUGCGCUGCUCGUCUCGUCGAUGCUGCCGCCUGCGCAGAAUCUCAACCACGUCCUUGCGUGGACGCUAGCGGGCCGCUUCUGUCUCGUCGACGGCCGCAUUGCCGAGUCCUGGACGGCAGCCGUCAAUGCCGUCUCGGCCUCGUGGGCGCUCGGACUGCACCGCGACGGCUCGCAGCACGGCCUGUCGCCCGAGGUCUCCGAGGCUCGCCGUCUCGUGUGGGGUGGCACCGUCUGGCUCGAGCGCGUGCUGGCCAUGAACCUGGGCCGCCCCACGAUGAUCGACGACAGCGUCUGCGAUGCCAAGGCGCCGUCGGUGGAGCAGGUGUCGGAAGACCUAUACCCGCGCUCCAUGGCGCCGUCCGUCAUUGGCUACCCGCAGGUGCCGCCGGGCGUCAAGACGCCGACUAUUCUGGACUACAGCAUCUACCGCCACGAGUUGAACCGCAUCGUCGGACGCGUCAUCAACGUCUAUCAGUACAUCCCGACGAAGCACUACAGCGACGUGCUCGCCAUCGAGGCCGAGCUCGAGGCCUUCACGCGCAGCCUGCCGUACUACUUCCAGAGCCCGCUGGACGAGGCCGCCAACAUCUUCGGCGAGCGCAAGGCGGAUGCCUCAUGGCCGCUCUGGCUCUUCACGCAUCUGUUCAUGAUCCACUCCGACGUGGCCUUCGUGCGCGGCGCGCUCCACCGGCCGUACCUGAUUCGCUCGGGCGCAGGCAAGUCGGGCGCGCGCUUCAUGCCCAGCCGGCGCGCCGCCAUCCGCACCGCCUUCGAGCACAUCGCGCUGCGGCGCGACUUCCGUGAGACCAUUCGGUCGCGCUUCAGCGAGAAGUCGCUCGAGCGCUUCCGCACGCAGCUCUCGUCGCAGAAGUACUUCUCGUCGUGCCUCACGCUCGGCAUCGCGUGUCUGAUGGAGCCCUUCGCGGACGAGGCGCUGGCCUGGCGCGCCCACCUCGAGGACUACGUGCAGACGCAGCGCGAGAGCCGUGACGGCCUGCGCGACCGCGAGAUGCACAUCAUCGAGCUCUUCAUUGCGCGCUUCGACGACGUGCGCUCGGGCAAGCACCAGAGCCGCGCCAAGCGUGCGCGCGAGGACGGCGCCGGCGACGCCGAGCAGGGCGCCGGCAAGGUGCCGCGCCGCCACACCGACGAGGAGGGCGAUGCUCACGCCACCGCUGGCCUGCUCCUUGGCCUUGGACGCGGCGCAGACGGCUCGACACAGCCCGCUGCGGGACAGCAGCCGGCAUACAACGAGAUGCUCUCGAGCCUGGCUGCCUCCGGCUCGCCCGCCACGACGGCGACGCCCGGCACUGCGACACGCGCCGAGGAGGCCGAGUCGGCGCAGGCGCUGCUGGAGAACUGGUGGCGCGCCGAGUUCGAGAAGGGCGGCAGUGUGCUCCACGACGAAGUCAACGGCGACGGCCUGGCCGGCUUCGAUCGGCACAUCUCGACGGCCGCGCCGCCUCUCAACGUCUUCCAGCAGCAGCAGCAAUUGCAGCUCCAGCAACAGCAGCUGCAGCAGCAGGCCGCGGCGCUCCAAAAUGCAGAGGCUGCGCGUGCAGCCGGGGUCGAGCAGACCGCGCCGCUUCGCGCUGCGCCGCCAGCGCCACAGGUGGUCAACGGCGUGCAGCUCAGCACGCUGCCUGCGCCCGCCUGGGGCUCGCAGCCGGGCGGCAUCGAGGCUGGCGCAGCGGCGCCCUCGUUCGACCAGUCGUUCUGGAACAUCUUCAUGGACAAGAUCAAGCCCGCCGCGGGCUGAUGCUGCUGCCGUCCGUCCGCUCCGUCGCGCCUCGCUCCCUGUACCACCUCUUCUGUAUCAGUCACUCCCGCGCAACCUGGCAUAUCGCAUCCCGUCUCAUUUCGCCAGCUCGCCCUGCUAGUUCUGCAGGUCAGGCUGCGGCUUGCCCGCAUGCCAGCGGAACUUGGAGCCGUAGUGGUCGGCGGGCAGCCGGCGCUCGCCGGCGCCGUACAGCUUCUCGCGCAGCGUCAGGCCGAGCUGCUCCUCCUCGC